UGGGGGAGUGAUGACGUCACGGCUUUUCUGAGUCUGCGCCAAGAGGUCAGGCCCUUUCCGCUCCACCCUACUCUUACAUCCGGGCGACUAUCCACUGCGUCGGGGGAACUGGAGGCUUUGGCCUUAGCUACGUAAAAAUUAAAACCUAAACGCUUGUUAAUGAUGAAAACACAGACCGAAUAAAAAACGCCAUUUUGUUUGAUCAGGCAUCAAGUCAACUAGCUAUAGCUGCACCCUGCCAGAAACUUCGCUCCGCCUCUUAGCCCUCAUUGGUCAAAACGGCCGCCCGGCAGCCCUGACAUUGGCCAGACUCGGGGCCUCCAGCGUCCAAUGGGCGGCGGCGCCGGCUUUCCCGCGGGCCGUUUGCUCUUCGAGCGGGUCCUGGAGGCGUCGGCGGCAGUUGGGGAGUGCAACGGUUGCCCGGAUCCGGCGCGACGAUGGCGGCCUUGGGGCUCGGAGGCUACGCGCGGAACGAUGCAGUCGAGAAGCUGCCGUCCGUCACGGUGGGAGUUCCGGCGCGGAGGAGCCAGUGCUCUCCGCCUCCAGCUCCGCCACUGUGUCUCCGGCGGCGGACACGACUCUCGGCGGCGCCGGAGGACUCGGUGCAGAACCGGGUGUCACUCGAGAAGGUACUUGGCAUCACAGCCCAGAACAGCAGCGGCCUGACCUGUGACCCCAGCACAGGCCACGUGGCCUACCUGGCAGGCUGUGUGGUGGUGAUUUUGAACCCCAAGGAGAACAAGCAGCAGCACAUUUUUAACACUGCCAGGAAGUCGCUGAGUGCUCUGGCCUUCUCCCCUGAUGGGAAGUACAUAGUGACGGGGGAGAACGGGCACAGGCCUGCUGUGCGCAUCUGGGACGUGGAUGAGAAGAGUCAGGUGGCAGAGAUGCUGGGACACAAGUACGGCGUGGCCUGUGUGGCCUUCUCCCCCAAUAUGAAGCACAUCGUGUCCAUGGGCUACCAGCACGACAUGGUUCUCAAUGUCUGGGACUGGAAGAAAGACAUUGUGGUGGCUUCCAACAAGGUAUCGUGCAGGGUCAUCGCCCUCUCCUUCUCAGAGGACAGCAGCUAUUUUGUCACCGUAGGGAAUCGGCACGUGAGGUUCUGGUUCUUGGAAGUCUCCACUGAAGCAAAGGUGACGGGCACAGUGCCCCUCGUCGGGCGUUCAGGCAUCCUGGGUGAGCUGCACAACAAUGUCUUCUGCGGUGUGGCUUGUGGCCGGGGCCAGAUGGCAGGCAAUACCUUCUGUGUGUCCUACUCGGGCCUCCUCUGCCAGUUCAACGAAAAGAGGGUGCUGGAGAAGUGGAUCAACCUGAAGGUCUCCCUGUCUUCCUGCCUCUGUGUUAGCCAGGAGCUCAUCUUCUGCGGCUGCACAGAUGGGAUAGUCCGCAUCUUCCAGGCCCGCAGCCUGCAGUACCUCGCGAACCUGCCCAAACCGCACUACCUUGGGGUGGACGUGGCCCAGGGCCUGGAGCCCAGCUUCCUCUUCCGCAGGAAGGCAGAAGCAAUCUACCCGGAUACGGUGGCCCUGACCUUCGACCCCAUCCAUCAGUGGCUGUCCUGCGUGUAUAAGGACCACAGCAUCUAUAUCUGGGAUGUCAAAGACAUCAACAAAGUCGGCAAGGUGUGGUCAGAGCUCUUCCACAGCUCCUACGUCUGGAAUGUGGAGGUGUAUCCUGAGUUUGAAGAUCAGAGAGCUUGUCUGCCAUCAGGAUCUUUUCUUACUUGUUCCUCAGACAACACCAUCCGCUUUUGGAACAUGGAUAGCAGCCCUGACUCUCACUGGCCAAAAAAUAUCUUCAGUAACACUCUGCUGAAGGUAGUGUAUGUAGAGAAUGACAUCCAGCACCUGCAAGACACAUCACACUUCCCAGACCGGGGGAGUGAGAACGGGACACCUAUGGACGUAAAAGCUGGGGUGCGAGUCAUGCAGGUCAGUCCUGAUGGCCAGCACUUGGCUUCAGGCGACCGAAGUGGAAAUCUGAGGAUCCACGAGCUACACUUCAUGGACGAGCUGGUCAAGGUGGAGGCCCAUGAUGCUGAGGUGCUGUGCCUGGAGUACUCCAAGCCUGAGACAGGGCUGACCUUGCUGGCCUCAGCCAGUCGGGACCGACUGAUCCAUGUGCUGAACGUGGAGAAGAACUACAACCUGGAGCAGACCCUGGACGACCACUCCUCCUCCAUCACAGCCAUCAAGUUUGCUGGCAAUAGAGACAUCCAGAUGAUCAGCUGUGGGGCUGACAAGAGCAUCUACUUUCGCAGUGCCCAGCGGGCCUCAGAUGGACUACACUUUGUCCGUACCCACCAUGUGGCAGAGAAGACCACCUUGUAUGACAUGGACAUUGACAUCACCCAAAAGUACGUGGCUGUGGCCUGCCAGGACCGCAAUGUGAGAGUCUACAACACCGUGAAUGGGAAGCAGAAGAAGUGCUACAAGGGCUCCCAGGGUGACGAGGGGUCCCUGCUAAAGGUCCACGUGGACCCCUCUGGCACCUUCCUGGCCACCAGCUGCUCUGACAAAAGCAUCUCAGUGAUUGACUUUUACUCGGGCGAGUGCAUCGCCAAGAUGUUCGGCCAUUCAGAAAUCAUUACUGGCAUGAAGUUCACCUACGACUGCCGUCACUUGAUCACAGUAUCGGGAGACAGCUGUGUGUUCAUCUGGCACCUGGGCCCAGAGAUCACUAACUGUAUGAAGCAGCACUUACUGGAGAUCAACCACCGGGAGCAGCAGCAGCAGAACAUGAGGGAUGGGAAGUGGAGAAGCCAGCCCAGGCAGGAGACCUAUGCAUCUGUGCCCAGCGAGAUUUGCUCCUUAAGCCCCGGAGAGCAGACAGAGGAUGAGCUGGAGGAAGAGUGUGAACCUGAAGAGCUGCUGAAGACACCAUCCAAAGAGAGCUUGGACCCAGACCCUCGGUGUCUGCUGACCAAUGGCAAGCUGCCACUCUGGGCAAAGCGGCUGCUAGGAGACGACGAUGUGGCAGAUGGCUCAGCCUUCCAUGCCAAGCGCAGCUACAAACCACAUGGCCGCUGGGCGGAGCGGGCUGACCAGGAGCCCCUCAAGACCAUCCUGGAUGCCCGGGACCUGGAUUGCUACUUUACCCCCAUGAAGCCUGAGAGCCUAGAGGACUCUAUUCUGGAUACAGUGGAGCCCCAGAGCCUGGUGGGCCUGCUGAGUGAGUCGGAGAGUACCCAGGAGGAUGGCUGUGGGCAUCCCUCCUUCCUGCCCCUACAGAGGGAGUCCUCUGAGGACAGCGAGCUCAUCGUCUACUCCCUGGAGGCGGAGGUGACAGUCACAGGGACAGACAGUGAGUACUGCACGAAGAGCCCCGAGCGGGGGCUGGGGGAGCAGCAAGGAGACUCCUACCUCAGGGUCUCCUCCGUCGGCUCCAAGGAUCAGAGCCCACCUGAGGACUCAGGGGAGUCAGAGGCCGACUUGGAGUGCAGCUUUGCCACCAUCCAUUCCUCCCCUCCACGGCCAGCCUCAGACCCUCGGUUUGACAUGAUGCUGCCCCCCACACCGGGAUGCCCAGGGACCGCAGAAGAGCUGUCCCAGCCCGAGGUGCCAGGCAUAGCCAACAGCUCCCUGCCCCAGACCCCUGAGCAGGAGAAGUUCCUCCGCCAGCACUUCGAGACGCUCACAGAUGCUCACCCUGAGGAGCUCUUCCAUGGAUCCCUGAGAGACUUGGAGGCCUCUGAGACUGAGGACUUCUUUAAUCCUCGGCUAAGCAUCUCAGCCCAGUUCCUCUCCCGCCUCCAGAAGACAUCCAGGUUCACCCACACCUUCCCUCCCCGGCUGCCCCAGCACCUUGUGAAGUCCCCAGAGGUCAAACUCACAGACCGCCAGCCCAGAGCAGAGCCCCUGAGAGCAGGGGCUGGCUACACCUCCCCAGGCAGGACCGACGUCCUCCCUGAGAAAAAGCCUGAGGAGCCCCAUGAGACCCUAGAGGCCUGGUGCCUACUGACCCCCUGCCUCACAGGCCUGGCGCCCUGUGCCCCCUCCUCCUCAGUGCUGCCCACUGACGGGAAGCCUCCGACGCCCACAGCCCUGCCUACUCCAGGCCUGGCUCAGGGUGUCCACAGUCCCUCCAUCUGCUCCUACAUGGAGGCCACUGCCAGCUCUUGUGCCAAGAUGUCACAACGCAUCUCCCUCGAGGACAGUGAGGACCCUGUGCUGGCUGAGCUGGCCAGGCCCCUCCGCAGGCCCUCAUCCGUUGGGGAGCUGGCGUCCCUGGGCCAGGAGCCCCAGGCCAUCCCCACCACAGCAGCACUCAGUUCUAACAGCGAGGGCCGAGAACCUGUCCUGCCCUCCUGGGGCAACCAUGAGGCCCGGGCCAGCCUGAAGCUGACCCUGUCAAGCAUCUGUGACAGGCUCUUGCUACCCCCUACCCCGAUGGAACCUGUUCCCACCCAGCCCGGUGUCACCGUCACGACAGCCACCUUCUCAGCCUCUAGCCCCGUGGAUGCGAGUACCCUGAGGCUCCACAAUCCCACCUUUCUCCCAAGGCUCCUGGCCUCUGAGCCCCUCAACACCCCUGCCAACCACAAUAGCACCCCACUUCCAGAGGCCAGGCCUGGGGUCCCUGGCAGCAUCACCUCCCUCCUGGCGCCGACCCCUGAUGCACUCAGUCUGGCCCAGGGCAACCUUGGACACUGGGAGGAGUCUGGGGUGCCAGCCAGGGUCCUACCCUCAGCUCCCCUUGAACUGAGCACUGUGAGCACCAUUGUGCACAGACUGCAGACUGCCUUCCGGGAAGCCCUGGACCUUUACAACGUGAUGGUCUCCAGUGACCAGGUGAGCACGGAGCAGCAGCAAGCACGGACUGAGCUGGCCUCCACCUUUCUUUGGAUCCAUAGCCAGUUAGACGCCAAUGACUGGCUGGUUGGAACUGACAUGGCCCAGGCCCAGCCCAGCCCACGGUCCCCCUCCCCACCUACAUUGUGCCCCCUGGCCAGCCCAGACUUGCAUGCCCUGCUGGAACACUACUCAGAGCUGCUGGUGCAGGCCGUGCGGAGGAAGGCACGGGGGGACUGAGGCUCAGGAGCCCCCUCUCCACUACAGCCCUGCUGCUUCUGAAGAAAUAGGUAUUUUAAGCAAAUAAACUGACAGUUUAGAGGAA